AUGCCCAAAACGACCUUACAAAGAGAUGCUGAAUCCCAGGAGCAUGAGACAAUCCUGUCUCCAGAUUUUCUUUCAAUUGACCAAAUCACUGAUUUGCUAGCAGCAGACCCAAAUGGAGUUCAACGAAAAUUGGAAGAGUUUUUGGAUUUCAAAAAUCUUCAAACUUGUUUAAAGGAAGCUAUUCUACUGGAUUAUUAUGUGUCUGGAUUUUUGUGGGCUAAAGAAAUGGACUUUUCUGUUAUUCAGUAUUCAAAAUUUAUGACUUUACUAGCUAUGUUACUUCAUAAUCUUAAAACACUACAUAUGUCCUUAGAAGAUAGCAUAAAAUGGCUGGGAGAAGUUAUGGCUGAAAUAGGACCAUCCCAUUUAGAAAGAAAUGAAGAAUGGAAUAUGUUCGAUGUAACACAAGCCAAUGCUAUCAUUGAUUACUUAAAAAUCAGCUUAUUUCAACACUACAAGCUGUAUGAGUUUCUGUUCUAUUCCACCAGGGAAGAAAUUGUGAUAGGAACUAAGCAAGUAAUAGAGGUGGUGAAGCCUGCAGAUAGCCCCUUCCCAGAUCCUCUAGAAGAAGGAAUCUCAUUUGAUGUUUACUCAUCACUCCUUGAGCCACCCCCAACAUCGGUUACAGAUAUGAAGAGGUUGAGUCGAGAACAAGGCGCCGAAGAGACCCAGCCAGAAACUGAUGCGUUAGACAUGGAUCCUUUAGCUGGUUUCACCAUUGAAGAUAUAAAAUCAGUGCUGGGUCAAGUCACAGAUGAUGUUCUACUCAGCAUUCAGACCGAGAUAAACGAAAAGCUGCAAAUACAGGAAGAGGCCUUUAAUGCACGAAUAGAAAAAUUGAAAAAGGCCUGAGGACUCGGUGCAAGGAGAGUGACGCUAAACUUCACAGAAACAAACAAAACCAGCCGGAAUAAUAGACUGUAGAGCAGCGAACCUCCUUCAUUUAGUUGUGAGAAGAAAACCAAGCCCCACUUUUAUUAUCCUAAGUAAUUAGAAAAGUAUUGGCCCCAAUUUUGCUAUCUCCUGUCCCAUAACAGCCUCUGAAUUUAUUGCACUGAGUGUAAUAAGAGCAUUUUGUAUACAAGAGUUUGGAGAAUUAUAUAUAAAAAUACAAUUACUUUUAUGAUACGCCUUUCACAUUUCGACGAAUAAACGCUAUUCAUCUUCAA